GAGGAGAGGAGCCGCUGAUCAAAGCCACGUUUCGUGUCUUCAUCUUCCUUAUUGUUGUUGUUGGGUCGCUUCCUCUCUGUCUUUCCUUUUCAUCUUCUUUCUCUCUCUCUCUAUCUGAACUUCCUUCCUCUCUUCUCACCGCUUUUCUCAUCUCCACCGAUUUAUUUAUUUUAUUCCGUGCUGUGUUCAUUAACCAUAUCUAUCUCUCCUGCCAUCGCCAAACCUUAUCUCCUGCUUCCUGGGUUUUUGCUUCUUCCUUGGGUUAGUUAUAUGGGCUGAACUAGGAAUUUCAUGGGAGUUGUGGAGGAUACUGAACCUCCUUUGAAACGUGCUAAACGCGACGAAGAAACCAACGGCUUCUCUGGUAGUAACUCUUCCGUUAGAGUUAGCAGUAGUGUGAACAACUCUUUGGGAGACCUGAUGGCAAGGCCUCUCACCUCCUCCCAAGGGGAUGAUGAAACCAUCGGCUCCAAAGGAGUCAUUAAAAAAUCUGAAUUCGUUAGGAUCAUCACUAGGACUCUUUAUUCGCUUGGAUACGGUAAAGCCGGGGCUAUGCUCGAGGAAGAAUCCGGGAUCCCUCUGCAUCACUCCUUCGUGGAGACGUUUAUGGAGCAGGUUAGGGACGGGAAAUGGGAUGAAAGCGUUGUCACGUUGCACAGAAUCGGUCUGUUGGAUGAGAAGGAUGUCAAAGCUGCAUCGUUCUUGCUACUAGAGCAAAAGUUCUUAGAGCUUUUGAAGUUUGAUAAGAUAGGUGAUGCGCUUGGCACCUUGAGGAACGAGAUUGAGCCUCUUCGUAUUAAUACAAAGCGUGUUCAUGAGCUCGCUUCCUCUCUUAUAUCGUCGGGUCCGGGCAAAGAGAAUGUGAGUUCGAGGUCCAAGGUUCUUGAGGAACUGCAAAGCUUGCUUCCUGCUUCUGUUAUAAUCCCGGAGAAGAGGUUGGAGAGUUUAGUUGAGAAUUCACUUCAUAUUCAGCGGGAUGCUUGUGUUUUCCAUAAUACUUUGGAUAGUGAUUUGUCUUUGUAUUCUGACCAUCAAUGCGGGAAGCACCAGAUUCCUUCUCAGACUGUUCAGAUCUUGGAGUCGCAUACUGAUGAAGUUUGGUUCUUGCAAUACUCGCAUAAUGGCAAAUAUUUAGCUUCAUCUUCCAAGGAUCAGACUGCAAUUAUAUGGGAGGUCAACGCAAAUGGGCAUAUGUCUUUGAAGCAUAAACUUGUGGGCCACCAGAAGCCGGUGACUGCGGUCUUAUGGAGUCCUGAUGAUAGUCAAGUUCUUACAUGUGGAGCAGAAGAGGUUAUCAGACGCUGGGAUGUUGACUCAGGAGACUCUCUUCACACUUAUGAGAAAAGCGGCGUCGGUCCCAUUUCUUGCGGAUGGUAUGCUGAUGGUAAAGGAAUAAUCGCAGGGAUGACAGACCGAAGCAUCUGCAUGUGGGAUUUAGAUGGCAGAGAGAUGGAGUGCUGGAAAGGUCAGAGGACGCAAAAGGUCUCAGACAUAGCGAUGACGGAUGAUGGAAAGUGGCUUGUGAGUGUAUGCAAGGACUCUGUGAUAUCUCUGUUCGAUAGGGAAGCGACAGUUGAGAGGUUGAUCGAAGAGGAAGACACAAUUACAUCGUUCUCGCUUUCGAAUGACAACAGAUAUGUGCUGGUGAAUCUCCUCAACCAGGAGAUACGUCUAUGGAGUAUCGAAGGUGAUCCCAAGAUUGUGACGAGAUACAAAGGCCACAAGCGUUCACGGUUCCUCAUCAGAUCAUGCUUUGGUGGCUAUGAACAAGGUUUCAUCGCUAGUGGAAGCGAGGAUUCUCAGGUAUACAUAUGGCACAGAUCGACAGGGAAGUUAAUCAUCGAGCUACCAGGACAUGCAGGAGCGGUUAACUGUGUGAGCUGGAGCCCAACGAACCUGCAGAUGAUGGCUUCAGCUAGUGAUGAUGGGACCAUAAGGAUAUGGGGACUUAACCGGAUUAACCCACAUAAACAGGAGAAGCAAGUGCAAGGAAGUAGCAGUAAUGGUGUGCUUCACCAAUGCAAUGGGAACUGAUUAUGAUACCGUUUUCUUUUUUUUUUUAAAUCUACUUAACAGUUAUGUUGUUUCUUCUUCUUCUUCAUCAAACCUCUUUUUGUUUGUUUCCUUUGGCAAUGGAAUCAAAAGAAAGAAGGCAAAAGCUGUUUUUAAUUAUGAGCUCAUGGAAAAGAAUGCAAAUUGCAACAUUUAUUUCUUUUUCUUUCUUCUCUUGAUGCUUCAUUGUACAUAGAUUGUGAAUCAUUGAAUGGUACAUUUGCAAUUCUACUGUC